GUCCUUGUCAGGGAGGUAGUGUUUCUGGUGAAGAGUGGCUGGAGUACAGCCUCACUGCGAAAGGCGACGCACAGCUGCCUGGGCCGUCACCUUCUGGGGGUCGCUGAAAUCCGCGUUGGACAGCAGCAGGCAUAUGUCCUCGGGCAACCACUCUAGGAACGCCUGCUCAAACAUGAGAUGUGUAUCUAAAAGCCUGACGACUGAAACCAGUUCUGUGGUGGGGCAGGCACUGCAUCUAUAUGAUCACAUGAUUCUUGACAUGGAUGCAGUCCUGUCAGACUUUGUUCGGUCCACAGGGGCAGAACCUGGUCUGGCAAGAGAUCUGCUGGAAGGAAAGAAUUGGGAUCUGAGUGCAGCACUGAAUGACUUUGAACAGCUUAGGCAAGUUCACACUGGGAACUUGCCUCGUGUGUUCAAUGAAGGAAGCUUCUGCAAACAACAAGAGAAAGAACAAUCCAAUCAGGUGAACAAGUGUGAACAGAGACCAGAUGAGCUUGCUCAAGAAAAACGCCUCUCACGUGGAAUUUCUCAUGCAAGUUCAGCUAUUGUGUCCUUGGCUCGUUCACAAGUGGCAAAUGAAUGCAACAAUGAACAGUUUCCUUUAGAGAUGCCCAUUUACACAUUCCAGCUACCUGAUUUAAAUGUCUACAGUGAAGAUUUUCGAAGCUUUAUUGAAAGAGAUUUGAUUGAACAAUCAACGAUGGUCGCCUUGGAACAGGCAGGCCGACUCAAUUGGUGGUCAGUUGUUUGUUCAAGCUGCAAGCGACUUUUGCCACUGGCAACAACAGGAGAUGGGAACUGCCUCUUACAUGCAGCUUCUCUAGGCAUGUGGGGUUUCCAUGAUAGAGACCUGAUACUUCGAAAAGCUCUUUAUGCCAUGAUGAAAAAUGGCCCAGAAAGAGAAGCACUAAAGAGGAGAUGGAGGUGGCAGCAAACCCAGCAAAAUAAGGAGUCUGGCUUGGUUUACACUGAAGAGGAGUGGGAGCGGGAGUGGAAUGAGCUACUUAAGCUUGCUUCCAGUGAGCCUCGAAUACACUGCAGUAAGAAUACAGGCACCUGUGGUGGUGUUGACAAUUCUGAGGAUCCAGUUUAUGAAAGUUUGGAGGAGUUCCAUGUGUUUGUCCUUGCCCACGUGUUGCGAAGACCAAUUGUUGUUGUUGCAGAUACUAUGCUAAGAGACUCAGGAGGUGAAGCAUUUGCACCAAUACCUUUUGGAGGGAUUUACUUGCCCCUGGAAGUACCUCCUAACAGAUGUCAUUGUUCACCUUUAGUCUUAGCCUAUGAUCAGGCCCACUUCUCUGCACUGGUGUCUAUGGAACAGAAUGAUCAACAAAGGGAACAAGCUGCAAUUCCUUUGACUGAUUCAGAACACAGACUGCUACCCUUGCACUUUGCAACAGAUCCAAAGAAUUGGGAAUGGGGAAAGGAUGAUAAUGACAACACCAAACUGGCUAAUUUGAUCCUCUCCCUGGAAGCGAAGCUUCACUUACUGCACAGCUAUAUGAAUGUAUCCUGGAUUUGUAUUCCUGCUGAAACAAGGGCACCUUUGGCCCAACCAGAAUCACCAACUGCUUCAGCUGGGGAAGACGUCCAUUCCCUAGCUGAUUCGAUGGAGUCAGAUAGAGAUUCUAUCUGCAGCAACUCCAACCUGAAUGGAAACAGAAAUAAGAAAGGAGAAAAACAGAAAAAGGACAAGGAAAAGAAUAGGACAGAUUCUGUUGCAAAUAAGCUUGGGAGCCUUAGUAAAACUCUGGGAAUUAAAAUUAAAAAGAACAUGGGAGGUCUUGGUGGACUGGUGCAUGGAAAGAUCAGCAGAGGAAACACAAGCAAUGGCCGGAAUGGGGAGACUGGAGACAAACUCAAGAAGAAAGAAUCCAACAAAACUCGGAAAGAAAGCAAAGAGGAGUCAUCGCAUUCUGCGAGUUCAUCCCCUACUGAUAAAUCAAAUGUCUCUGUUAAAUCUCCAGUAGAGAAACAUUCUGAUCAAUGGAAAUACAGCACUGAUGUCAAACUCAGCCUCAACAUACUGAGAGCUGCUAUGCAAGGCGAGAGGAAAUUCAUUUUUGCUGGUCUUCUGUUGACCAGUCAUAGGCACCAGUUUCAUGAGGAGAUGAUUAAUUAUUACUUGACCACAGCUCAGGAGCGCUUCAACGCAGAGCAAGAACAAAAGCGCAAAGAGGUAGAAAAGAAGUCAUGCAGCAACUCUGUGUGUAAAAAGGAAGAGCAAGAGCCAUCCCAAACCAAGUUAGAACCAAAUUCACAAGAGGACACUCCUCAGGGCUCUUCUCAAAGCCAUAUGGGUUACCUGAGCUCUGAACAGCAGGGAGCCCAUGACCAGGUAUCCAUGAGCACUUCACCUCUGAACAGUGAAACCCCUACAGCUGGCACUCUCACCUCUGCCCACUUUACCCAUAUGCCAGCUUUAUUGCAGCAUGUCAUCCAUGUAUCUGAUGUGAGAUCUGAGCCAUCGAGUUAUCUAAGUGAUAAUCAGCCACCUGUCAUCAGUUCUCUGAAAACAUGUGCAACUUAUCCACAGCAUAGUCGCUCACUAUCUUAUCAAAGCUAUUGUCCUGUGGGUCUAUCAGGCCUCCCCACUGUGGAAACCAUGGAACCUCUAAAAUGUUUGCUGCCCCCUGAACACAAAAGCCACACAUAUACCAAUGGGUUUGGUUCUGGUGAAAUGAGUGACUAUUUGGAAUAUGCCGAUGAGGACUCUUCCUUUGUGUGGCAGAGUGAAGAAAAUAGCAGAGUGAGAAGUACGGCAGCUCCGCCUUAUUCCAUACAACAGAACCGAUGCAAACAGCACAACUGCCCCUUCUAUGGCCGUCCAGAAACAGAAUUUUACUGCUCCUACUGUUACAAGGAGGAGCUCAAACGCAGGCAGCGAGCAAACAAGUCUGUUUGACCGUGAUGGUUAUAUGCAAAGUUCUGAAUUAACAAACUCUGUCAUAAAAAAUAUUUUGAUGAGCAAUUUGCUAAAUGUAAAUCAACCAGGAUCAGGGGUUCAUUCCAUUUUGAGAGUCCUGGAGCUGCACUGCAGUUUGAUCGAUUGGAACAUCUGUGCCUCCAGGACUGAAACGCCAGACCCAAAUUCCUGCCCACUAUCCAGGGCAGGAGAAGACCUUUUCUGUUACUUCUUCACGGACUGUUACCAAAUAGUUGAUUAUAUUCCGAUGUGUAUGUUUUUUUAAUUAAUCUAUUGCAAAAUUAAUUCCAGUGAUAAUUUGCACAUUAAUUACAACUGUAAAGGUAAAAUAUAGCAGAAAGUAACCAAUUAUUUAUGUGUUUGUGAACUAGAAGAUCAUUAUGAUGGAACUUUACAAGCAAAAGUUUAAAAAUUGUAAUAUAGAAAUUAUUUUUAUAUUAUUUUCACAAAUAUGCUGCAAAGCAAUAUUUUGCGCUUUUUAUUAAAAGACAAUUGCCACUUUAAUAGAUUAUUAAAUUGCUGAAACUAUUUAGAGGCAUACAGUAGAGCAUUAUGAUAUAUGUUUAUGAGCUCUAGUGAGCUUGGGAGUGGCUUGAGUGUUCAGAUUUUGAUACUUAGUAAACAUGCAAUUUUGUUUGGGGAAAGCAGUUUUCCCAAAGCUGAUUUUCAGUAUUUAAAUGAUAGCCUCAAUCCAGUGUUGUGCUGUAAAGCAUCUGUUGUAUUUAUUUUGCUGUUACAGCUUAGAAUAUCUCAAAAAGAAAGCCACACAUCUCCUGUCUGUAGAAAGUACUUACUAGUACAGAAGCAAGGCAAUGGAAAAGAGAAAAAAAGCCAGUGACCUGGGAUCUUUUGACCUAAAUCCAGAACCCUAGAUUCACUUGUCUAGUGAUUGUUAAAAGUUCAUAACCAGACACAGCUGGCUAUAUUUGUCUUUUCAUCUUCUUAAACGUGAGUAUUAGACAGUGGCCUUAAAGGGUCUGACUAGAUUAGUAGCUGAAUAUCACCACACUGCUUCAGAUCCAGAUGACCUGUAAAUUAUGCCAAGGGAGUAUUUACUAGUUUAUUUAAUAACGUAAGGCAGACUAUUUCUGUGUGGCUUUUAUUUUCAAUAUUUUUUGUCUUUUGCUUUAAUAUGAACUGAAACUGUGGAAAUGUUUUGUUCAAUACUGAUUCUUAGCACUAUGCACACAAUGACAAGCAAAAAUGAUGGGAUGGGGUUUACUUUUGGCUUCCCCCCACUCCCCAAUGCCACUUUCCUCUCCCUGCAACCUUAAGUGGUUUUACAGGCAUUGCAAUUUUCUCUUUUGGCAGUGUCAUGCCCAAUGUCAGUGCUGUCUAUUUAAUUAACCAAAACAUAUAGUGAGGAAUGCGAAUAGAGUGAACUUGCACAAAUACUUUGAUUCCUGUGUUAUGUUUGCUAUUUAUAUUAUCUGGCAGCUUUGCUGCCUCAAGCUUUUGUUCACACUCUUACAUACUCUUACAAUGUGAGGGAAGGUACCCAUUUCUAAUCCACUCUGGUUCAGUUUGUACCCCAGAGGUGUGAGGAAUUACUCAAGGAAAAUGCAAGUGAGUUUAAAGUGCUAACCUACUUCAUUAAAACUCUCAUUCCAUUGGGCAUGGGAGGAAGGUGGUCAUGGGAUCAUCCAUUGAAUCAUCUUCUAUGGAAAUUGAAGUAAAGUUUAUAUUUACUGGAUAUUGUGAACUUUCAGGGCAGGUGUGGGUUCACUAAACUUUCAAAGGACAAAAUAAUUAUUUUUUGUGUUGGAUUUCUCAACAAGAAAUAAAUUGUGAUGUGGCUAAGAAUUUAGUAAAAUGAUAAAAGUGUUUUGACCUAUAGAGGAUAAAAGUGAGUUCAAGAAACUUGAUAAGGUCCUUUGAAAUAUUGGACAGUAUAGUAGCUUUUGCUUAACUUGGGUAAGUUGUCCUGAAAUGUUUUUCUACAGUAUAUAUGAUCAUCCCAAGAUUUUCAAAUGGUUUGGAGCUUGAGAUUUUCAAGAAACUAUUGAAGCCUAAUGCCAAACCUGAUCGCUGGCAUUAAAGUCAUAUAUUAAAUAAUGGAUUGAAGCUAAAGUAUAGGAUGCGAUCAGAUAGUAUGUUCAAUGUGUAACACAUUACCUUUCUUGAUUGAUCAUAAUAUUAUGCAUUGUUUUAAAUGUUUGUUGCCCAACUUGCACUGAAAAAUUAAAACCCAAGUUAUUCUGAAUUCUUGUAUUGU